AUGGCGCCGGGGACUGUGGGACGCCGGCGAGGUUGGAGCGCCGCGCGACGUUCGCGCGAGGAAUCGGCGGAGACGACGUCCAGGGUGCCCAUGGAUUCCAACGCGAUGGACGAGGCGUGGGAGCAGAGCACGAUGAGCGAGAUUGACGCGAUGAGAAAGUUGGAGGUGGCAAGCGACGAGUCGCAGACGCUUGAACGAAGGAACAAGGCGCUGUCGGUGUUGCUCGAUCAGGUGAUGAUGGAUAAGAAGCAGCUGGAGAGCGCGUUGACUGCGACAAUCGACGGCGUGCGUGAUGAAAAUGUGGCGCUCCGUAUUGAGAUUGAACGCGUUAAAGUCAAGGCGAUGGAAAGUCUCGAAGGCGCUCGCGCUCAGAUGUACGCUCAAGUUGAAGGCGAGAUCGAACGUCGAGUACGCAAGGCUUUGGACGCGGAACAGCAGCAGAAAAUCACAAGAUUUCGGCAAGAUGCCGACUCGGCGCAAAAGCUCGCGACGGAACAAGCGGAAGCCGCAGCCAAGCUCAUGAAGAAGCUUGAGGCGACGGUGCAAGCAGAGACGAAGGACCAAAUUGCGAUGUGGGAAGCGUCGCACGAGAGCGCCAUGGAGGCGGAGAGUGCGAAGAUUACGGCGCUGACGGACAAUAUCACGGCACUCGAGGAACAAAAUGAGGCACUCAGAACUUACAUGACCCAGUUUGAGACCACCCGCGACGAGAAGAACACGUUGGAGAAUACUCUCACCGCCAAGGAGCAAGAAAUCUUCGCGCUGAUGGCUACAGUAGAAGACAUGACCAUUCGGGCGACGGAAGCCAUCACGCGCGCUACGCUAGCCGAAUCCAAAAUCACGCAAACAGAACAAACCAUCAGCAAACGCAUCGAGAAUGCGAAGGAAUCGUCCGAGUUGGCCGUCAAAAACGCCAGAAUCGCGCAAAAGGCAGCGGAAGAGCGCGCCGAAGAGCAGAAACGUACGAGUGAGCAGCUCAUCUCUGCCGCUGUCGUUCGUGCCGAGACCGCAGAGUCUCAGCUCUUCCGCCAGAACGAAAUUUUGGAGGAAUACGCUACGCUCACCGCCGCCAAGACAAAAGCGACUGAAAUCAUUGUAUCACUUCAGGAGCAAGUUACGGCGCAGAAUGAGGAGAUAAAACAACUUCGUUCGAUUGUAUCCGAUAAUGUGAAAUCCGCGUCGAAGUCCAAAGCCGAAGCAGAGAGCUCCGAACACAUGGCUGAACGUAAGGUGAAGGAAAGCAUUGCCCAAGCGCAAGAAACCCGAACGUUCGGCGAAAAGAAAAUAGAGCUCGUCAUGGCGGAGACGAGCAGCAAAGUUGACGACCUGAACAAAGUCUUGAACGCGAAAAACUUAGAAAUCGAGGCCCUCAAGAAGGAAAUUGCGCAUUUGUCGUCCUUUGAUACGCGAGAGCAUGAUAGAUUCGCGCGGGAAGUCGCCGUGCAAGCUGAACUCGCCAAGAGCUGGAAAAAUCGCGCAGAGUUCAUCGCCAAAGGUCUCGAGCGCGACGACGACGCCCUACCGCCCAGGGACCGUAAUAGUCGUCUGAAAACUCAGUUUUCAGGGCCUGAGUUGCGCGCCUUCAUCGCGAGAGGUUGGAAGCUGCCCGACUCGCGCAUCAAGACUUCGGAACAUGGUCAGUUUGUCGCUGAAUUAGAAGUAAGCAACCCGCGAGAGCAACGCGUAGCGCCAAACAAGAACUCUUUCGGGCCGAUCGGUUGGUCAGCUCGCGCAUCGCGAAAAGUUGAUUGA